GACUUGUAGCUACGGACUCCAACGGUCUCGAUCGGUUCUCGUGAAGUGAUUGUUCCCCAAACAAGUUUCAGAGCAAGAAGCUCCUUCUGCUCUGCUCUGUUUCGAUUCGAUGGAUCGAGACUUGCCAAGCUCCUGCGAACGAUCAAUCAGAAGCCCCUCGGAAAACCCCGCUGACGACUCUCUCUCAGAAACCCUUGCUUCCCUCAGAUCCCUCGUCAUUACACCCUCCACUCCGGACACCACCAUUUCCUCCAUCUUCCAAACCCUAACCCGCUCUCUCCAACUCAGUCGCGACCCGCUCGUUCUACACCACACCCUAAAGCUCCUCUCCGACCUUUCCUCCCACCGCCCCAGCCUCUCUUCUUCGGUCUCCGAAUUGGUCCGUUCCCACGCGCUCCUCUCCUCCGACUCGACCCGCCUCGCCGCCGAGUCUCUCGAUGUGCUCGCCUCGAUCGCCGAACGGGGUGGAACCCCAGUAGAUCUCGAUGACCGGUCAUUCGUCUCUCUUUGCUUCGGUCCUUCCGUGUCCGUACGGUCAUGGCUUCUCAGAAAUGCCGAGCGGUUCCGAAUUGGGCCGCAUGUGUUGCUCACUAUGUUUUUAGGGUUUACUAGGGAUCCUUACCCGUACGUGAGAAAAACCGCUCUGGACGGGCUCGUUGGUUUGAGCAAGCCCGGUGUUGUCGAGGAUCUUGACAUGAUUCAGGGCUGUUAUUGCCGUGCCGUCGAGCUUCUUCUCGACACGGAAGACUAUGUAAGAUCCGCUGCAGUUCGCGCGGUACGUGCAUGGGGUCUGAUGCUUGUAGCAUUCAACCUGGAGACAAAACUGUACUGGUCAGAUAACUUAUUUGUUAAGCUCUGUUCAAUGGGAAGAGAUAUGAGCAUGGAGGUACGAGUUGAAGCUUUUGAUGCCCUUGGGAAGAUAGAAAUAGUGUCUGCGGAUAUUCUUUUACAAACCUUAUCUAAGAGAGUCUCAGGGACGACAAAAGGAAUGGGAUCUUUUGGUCAGUGUCCUGCUGCAGAAGUUGAAAGUUCGGCAUCGAGUGUGGCUGGAGUUUUGGUGCAUGGGCUGGAGGAUGAAUUCAAUGAGGUUAGGAAGUCCACUUGUCAUUCCUUGCGUACACUUACCAUCAUCUCUGCUGAGUUUUCUGAAAAGGCAUUAAACUUGUUAAUGGAUGUACUAAACGAUGAUUCAAUGUUUGUCCGGUUACAAGCAUUGGAAACUAUGCUGCAUAUGGCAACCUGCGGCCUUCUAAAGGUGCAAGGAACACACAUGCACAUGUUUCUUGGCUCUCUAAUGGACGGUAAUAUGUCCAUAAGAUCUGCUACAAGGAAAAUACUUAAAUUAGUGAAGCUGCCAAAUAUAGAAACGUUUAAAUUAUCUGUUGAUGGCAUCAUUGAUAAUUUGGAAAGACAUCCACAGGAUGAAGCUGACAUAUUCUCUGUAUUGUUUCACAUUGGACGUAACCAUUGGAAAUUUGGGAUGUCCAUCAUCAAUGAGGUUUUUGAGGAGAUGGAGCUAGCUUCUGAGGGCAACUUCGGGUUUGAUACUGCAAGAGUAGCUGCAUUGCUGAUUCUGGCCAUUUCAGCUCCGCUCUCUCAUGGUCAGCAUGCCUGCAAUAUUCCACCUAUAAUAUUUUCUUAUGCAGUUACAUUGCUUGGAAGGAUCUCUGUUGCAUUGACUGAUAUUAUGAAUCAAGACGCUCUUCUGGCUUACUUGUCUCAAUGCAGUAGAUCAACCAGAUUCUCUGCCAUGGAGUUUAACCUCAGAGAGGACAAGCCACGCUUGCCUGCAGUUACUAUUGUGAGCUCAAGUCACAGUAGCAAUGAGAUCAAUGGUACUGUUGGGUCACCUUUUCAGCAAGGAGAAGAUGGGGCCGCCAACCUUCAGUAUCAGGCAAUGAGGGAACCAAUGGAAGUAGCAUCUUCGCAUGUUGGUUACCACCUGGAGGUUCAGGAUGAAGUAAUAAGGUCCAUGAAUCUUAUUCUUGCGAAGGUCAAAGAUAUUUGGCCACUAAUACAAUCGGGAUUUACGAAUGAAGUACUAAGGGUUCUAAGGAGUUUCAAGGAAGAGUUGGCAACUUUCACCUCUGGCUCACUUAGAUCUGUUGGUGCUGUAGCAUUUGCAUUGCAGUAUCUCCGGGUAGUGAAACAGCUUGCCAAAGUAUGGGAACACUUCCUGCCUGCAAGAAAGCUCUGUUCUGGAAUGGGAGAAUUGGACAUUGCUUUGGGAAAACUAGAGACGAGACUUAGAGAACUGAGGAGUAGGUUUACUGGCUUAUCUUUGGAACAGGAGCUGCAAAUCUUGGAGCUACUACUUCUGACUUGUACACUUAGGUUGUCUAAAGUCGAAAGCUACUGCCAAGUUGCAAGUUUGAAAAAGCUAUCAAUGACAGCGUCACAUGUAGAAUCCAUCCUGAAAUUAGGAUCUAUUGAACCGUCCAAUUUCAUGAGUGAAGUUGGCAAAUUAUCAUACCUAACUAGAACCUCUAGUUUUGGAGCACCAUGUGAUCCAUUUCUGUUCAAGGAAUUGCUUAAAUAUUUCUCCCUCGAGCAGUUUGUGGUUUUUGGAAGAAUUGAUCAUAUUAAGGCAGAACUUGUCGUUCCUGAUAAUGACUCUGAAAAUCAUCUUCCUUUUGUUCCACACCUACCUGUUGGUAUACCGUGUGAGAUUACUCUUCAUAAUAUCUGUAGCGAGAAUAAGUUGUGGGUGAGAAUGACCAUGGAUGAUGAAUCAACUCAGUUUGUCUUUUUGGAUUUGGACCUCUUUGGAAGCAGUGAUGAGGUCAGGAAAUUUACAUAUGUUGUGCCCUUUUACAGAACCCCCAGUGCAUUUUCUUUCACAUUGAGAAUCUGUAUAGGUAUGGAAUGCUCAUUUGAAGAUGUUCCACCGGUCAAAAGAUAUGGUGGUCCAGACCGGGAGCUAACAUAUCUUUGCCAAGAAAAGGAAGUUCAUCUCUCCAUGGUUGGUUAACACUGAAUGGUUUGUUUUAUUCUACCAUGGCAAUAAAUAAGAAUAUACUUAUUUUUUUUGCAUCAGAGAUAUUCACUAUCCAAGGUUCAAUAUAUCAAAUGAUUGUAGACCCUUGAAUUUGACUCAUCUGGAAGGGCUGUGGAAAGCGAUAUCAGGCCAAAGGAUCUAGACCAGCUUUAUAUGAUUAUCUUGAAUAAGUGUAUGCUUGCUAAGUCAUGGAGCUAGGUUAGUUGAUAUUCAAGCAGAGAAGAAUGGAUGAAAGGUGGAGUUAGAGAAGCUAACUCAUUUCUGCUCCUCCUAAUUUGUACGAAGAAUCCUCACUGGGUAUUUCUCCCCAUUUUGAAAUUUGCCUGGAAAUGUCACCAAAGUUGGAUGCCUAGGAAGCCCUUGAAUCGAAUACAAAUAUCAUUUAAUCUUAUUGACAGGUUGUUUCAUUCCUGACGGGUAAGUGGUGAAAAAAUUAAUGCACUU